GUAUUACAACUGUCCUGACAAUGACCACUCUAAGUACAAUUGCUCGUAAAUCUCUACCCAAAGUCUCCUACGUGACAGCAAUGGAUCUUUUUGUGUCAGUCUGCUUUAUUUUUGUUUUCUCUGCACUGGUGGAAUAUGGAACUUUGCACUACUUUGUCAGCAAUAGAAAGCCAAGCAAGGACAAAGACAAAAAGAAGAAAAACCCACUUCUUCGGAUGUUUUCCUUCAAGGCACCUACAAUUGACAUCCGGCCUCGAUCAGCUACUAUUCAAAUGAACAAUGCUACACACCUCCAAGAAAGGGAUGAAGAAUAUGGGUAUGAGUGUCUUGAUGGCAAGGACUGUGCCAGUUUUUUUUGCUGCUUUGAGGAUUGUCGAACAGGAGCAUGGAGGCAUGGAAGAAUACACAUCCGCAUUGCCAAAAUGGACUCCUAUGCCCGAAUCUUCUUCCCAACUGCCUUCUGUUUGUUUAACCUGGUGUAUUGGGUAUCAUACCUUUACCUUUAAAAGCAAAAGGAAAUCAGUGAUAUGAGCCUUAAUCACUGAAUUUCUUAGAGAGAUAGAUAGUUUCCUAAACCCACUUGAAGUAUUUAUGACGCGCUUUAUAGUGGUCUGAACUCAUUAGUGCCAUAACCUGGUAAAUAUCAAUCAUAGCAUUUCUCCAAAAAUUUCCAUCAGGUUAUUGUGAAUUAAAUGUCCAUUCAACAUGUCAAAAUAAUUUGAACUAAAAACCAUAUGAACAGGUAAUAUACAGCUAUACCUCCUGGAACAGAGACGAAGAGCAGACACCGCAAGGGGAGCAGGGCAACAUCACUUGAUAGUGGGUACUGCUAUUUGAAACAGGAGGGAGAAAGAGAGGAAUACCCAGGUAAAGUGCUGUACGGUUU